AUGGGUAAAAGUUCGAAGGCUAAAAAAGAAAAGAAGGCAGACUUUACAAAGGUGAAGCUUAAAGUUGGGAAAAAGCUCCCAAAAGGCCAGAAUUUGACGGACACUAGUUUCAAGUCCAAGAAGAUCGUCAUCCACGACCAGGCCAAGAAACAAUCAGGAGAUGGUCCUGUCACCAAAAAGAAACUGAGCUUAAAGGAGCUGCUGUCGCACCUGCGCCACUACAGCGCGUAUGUCAUCGUCGCUUUGCCGUUGCAGGAGCUGUUGUCCCACCUGCGCCACUACAGCGCGCAUGUGCGCCAGGACGGGCUGGCAGGCCUGCGCGAGCUACUGACCCGCCACGGCGAGCUGGUGUGGCCGGCGCUGGGCCAGCUGCUGCCUGCCCUGGCAGCGCUGCUUGUCGACGAGGACCAUAAGCUGCGCGCCGAAACCGUCUUGCUGGUCUCCGACGUGAUCGGACAGGGCUUGGUGUUGGCGGCGCCGGCCGGCCAGGAGCGUCGCCUGCUGCACGAGCCGGCCGAGCUGCGUCAGUACGCCGCCUCCGUGGCGCCGCUGCUCUUCCAGACGUACGCCGAGGUGGCGCCCGACCUGGACGGCAACGGUAGUCUGCUGUCGGACGAGGCGGCUGAGACGCUGGCCGUGGUACUGCAGGUUCUGGUGGAGUUACUGAAGCGGCUGCGACACCUGGACAUCACCAAGAACACCGCGCUGGUGGCCUGGUUCACGGAAAGCCAGUGGACCGAGCUCUCGCGGCACGUGUUCGCCUCGUUUCCGUACUCACGGCUGGUUGGCCGGCGUCGCAAGGGCGCCGAGAGCGGCACGGCGGCGGCGGCGGCCGAGCUCGGCAGCGACGUCAUCAACGUGCUGAGCUGUGAGCUGUCGGCCGGCCUGGAGGGCGGCGGCCGACAGGAGACGCUGCUGCGGACCCGCGUCCUCGACUACGUUACGGCGUACCUGGAGUCGGACCGCUUGGGAGAGCUGGAUCGAGUGUGUCGGGUGCUGCCGGCGCUGCUGGCCGCCGGCCGGCCGGCCGCUGACCUGGAACGGCGCCUUGGCUGCGUGCGUGCGGCGGCCGAGCGGCAUGGGCGAGUCCAAACGGCCGAGCAGGGGACAGAGCUAACUCGCCUGCUCGCCGCAAUCAUCACCGAGCCCGAGUUUGACGAUCUUGCAAGGUCAGAAGACGUCGAGAACUGGGCUACGCAGCUGCUACCGUCAGUGAAGUUCGGAGCUGACAGCCUCGAGCUGCUGGUGCUUCUGCGCAAGAUGGCUGCCAUGGGCCGGACCAGGUUCCUUAGAGCGCUGGAGAGCGAAAUGGCCAACCUGAUCAGCGUGGCGUCGGCCGUGCCGUCUGCUGAUGACGCCAUCUCGUGGCAGCGGAGCAUAAUUGAGCUGCUGUUUUGGCCGAAAGAUGUCAGGUGGGAAGCCAAAGUCGCGUUUCAGCGGUUCCUCGAUGCAAGUGAAACGGACGAAUCAGUGAAGCACUACGCCCGAGAAGUUCUACUGGAGAAGUUUGCACCUCUAUCUGUGGAAGUGUCGUGAAAGACUGAUGUGCAUCCAAUAUAUUUUUUUUCGCUGUC